AUGGCUUUUGAAGAUAAUCUGCAGACCGUUGGAGGAUUUGGAAUUUUCCAGAAGCUCAUACUUUUUGGAAUGACCAUUCCAAAUAUAUUUCUGGCUUCUACUACGUGUAGUUUUCUUUUCAUCCAGUCGGAUCCGGAGCGACAUUGUAACACGGACUGGAUCCUCAAGGCUGCUCCCAACCUGACGUUGGAGGAGCAGCUGAAUCUGACCGUUCCUCUGGAGCAGGAUGGUUCUUUCAGCAGGUGUCACAUGUUUGUUCCAGUGGACUGGGACAUCGGAUCCAUCAGAGACCGCGGACUCAAUGAGACCACGGUGUGCCGGAACGGUUGGGUGUACUACGACACGACGUACAAGUCCACCAUUGUCACUGAUUUUGAUCUGGUGUGUGACAGGUCCAACGUACCUGCACUGGUGAAGACAGUUUUCAUGGCUGGUAUUCUUGUUGGUUCUUUCGUCUUUGGACCUCUUGCUGAAUCAUUUGGUCGUCUGAGAACAACGCAGAUACCUGCCGUGCUCCUAAUGGUGGGCAGCUUUGUGGUCGGAGCGUCUCCAAAUAUCUACGUCUACAUUGUAGCACAGUUCUUGGUUGCAGCUGGUCGCGCCGCAUUCAGAAUGAACUCCAUUGUAUUAGCCACAGAGUGGAUAGGAAUCACCAAAAGGUCCUAUGCGUCCUGUUUGUGUCAAUUAUUUUUUGCACUUGGAGAAUGUUUCAUGGCUGGACUGAUCUACGUCAUUCGUAACUGGAGAAUAGCUCAAUACGUGCUUGGAGCAGCGUAUUGCCCUCUAGUCUUCUACAUGUGUUGGAUUCCUGAAUCUGCCAGGUGGUUGUUGAGUCAAGGCAGAAUUGAGGAAGCAAGGAUGUUGAUCAAGAGGGUGGCCACAAUAAAUAAACAGGACGUCUCAGAGAAUACUUUGGACUGCAUGCUCAGGGAACAUGAGAACAAGGAAAUCAAAAGUGGAGCCAUGAAAAUAAUUUUUACCACAAAAAAGCUGAGGAUUUACUUAUUACUUUUGUGUUUUGUCUGGUCUUCAACAUACUUAGGCUACUUUUGUAUUGCUCUCAAUGUUGGAACAUUUGGUUUGAGCAUCUUCCUGGUUCAAUUCCUGUUUGGAGUCACAGAACUCCCCACACAAUUUAUUUGCCUCUGGUUUUUGGAGUUGUUGGGAAGAAAAAAAUCCCUAAUUUUAGUCGCGUUUGCAGCUGGCUUGUUUUGUCUCCUGACCGUGGCUUUCUCUCAAGACAAUGUUGUUGCUAUUACGGCUCUUGUAACGACAGGGAAGCUCUUCUUGGACUGGCUUUUUUCGGUGUGUAUGGUCUACUCUCAGGAGCUGUUCCCCACUUCGGUCAGGCAAACAGCUUUUGGCUUGUUGUCCAUAGCUGCCCGACUAGCUGGUCUCCUCUCUCCAACAGUCAACAUGUUGGCCUUUUAUCGCUGGUACUUACCCAGCACUGUCUUCGGCAUCCUUGCAAUGCUUAGUGGACUUCCGGGUUUCUUCCUUCCUGAAACCAAAGGCAAAGAACUGCUAGAUUAG